AGGGUGGAGAUGGAAUUGAGAAACCACGUUCCCUGGGCUUGGCAAGCAGAAAGUGCCAGCAGUUGCUGACGGAGCUGGAGGGAUUGUUCCAGCAUCUGGAAGUCAUGUUUAGUCUGACGCUGGUUCCUCGAGUUCUUUUCCUACUUGGAGGCAACGUCAUGAACCCCAAGGAGCUCUAUGAGCUGAAUUUGGAGGGGUUCUGUGAGGGCUCGGCUGAAGAGAGCCUCCAGACCGCGCCCUGCGUUCGCCAGCUCUUUCACCGCCUGUUUGUUGCUGAUGUCUUCAGUGAACUUAAGGCUCUCCCUGUGACAGGCACUCUUGUCCUGGUCCAGGGCCACCGUGACUGUGGUGUUGAGUGGUUCCGGCCCAGGCUCAACUACCAAGUGCCGAGCCGAGGGAGGAAGCUGACUGUUAGGCUGUCCUGUGAUGGAGACCUCCACGUCAGUGCCUCACCUCCACAGCACACAGCACCUGCUUGGGAGGACUAUGUCUGGUUCCAAGCCCCAGUGACCCUCAAAGGCUUUAGUGAAUGAAUGGUUUUCCAUAGAAAUUUAAC